AUGCGAGCUAUCCUAUGCUGCAAAGCUACCGAGGACGCCUCCACAUCUCGGUUGGAAGGUAGAUCUAAGGCGAAUGCUGCCUCGACGACAAAGUUGUCAAAGUCAGAGGAGACGAAAUCGAAUCAUCAGUCGAUGAAACACUGGCUGUUGGAUAAAUAUGAAGAAAUCAUUAAUGAAGAAGAGGUAGUAGACUCAAAAAUAAGGCAAUUUCCCUCUUUAAAAAAGCCUCUGAAGGCGAAGAAACAUUUGUCAAAAAACGCGGCCAUAGAAGAGAAGAAAGAAGCGGAUGUGGAAUUAAAAAAGCCUCCUAGGGUGAGAGGGAAACGACGUCCAUCAAAGGGGGCGGCAGAUAUGGGUGCGAAUGUCAGCGAAGUCGACGGGGAACAGACAGCGCACAAGAUUCUGAAAGGUCAAAAACGACGUCUGUUGGCGACAGAAGCGGAGACACAUGGAACUAGCGCCACCUAA